GAGAACACAGUCCGAGCGUUGGUAAUGGAGAGCAGCCGCAAACCACACUGUAUCCUCUUCAUCUUUCCCCUUCUCCUUUACCAUAAGUCCAAAAACCAUGCCGGCCGGAAGGCCUUGUGUAUCCCCUGCUCUCUCCUCAUCUUCUUCUCACUUUCUCUUCGGAAUCAUCACUUCCUCUUUGUUAACGAAAAGAGCAUCGAUUUCGAUUCUGCUUAGACGUGAUGGGUUGUGCUAUGGGAAAGAACUCUUCCCCGUACUCUUCUCCUCAUGAUAUUGAGAGGUUGAAACUGGGGCAUGGGUAUGUUCCGGGAGGCAAUGGAGUGAGACCCAUCAAUCACACGCAGCUUUCGAGGGACUCCGCCCGUAAGGCGCUCAUAAGGAAUGAGGUGGAAUAUAAGUAUAUUGUGGGUGCGGUGAAUGCUAAAGGUGGUGCUGGUGGUGGGGGAGAGAGGGUGGUUGUGGGAAAGGGAGAGGAGAGGAGCGGUGGCAGUGGAAAUGUUUCGAAGAGAGUUGCCUCCAAGAAGAUUGAAGGAGUUGAGCUUGUGGAUGGGUGGCCUAAGUGGCUUGUUGAUAAUGUACCCGGAGAUUUGUUGGCGGGUUUGGCUUCCAAGAGUGCCGAUUCCUAUGAUAAAAUUGCCAAGGUCGGCCAAGGAACUUACAGCAAUGUGUACAAAGCUCGAGAUAGGGACACCAAAAAGAUUGUUGCUUUGAAGAAAGUGCGCUUUGACACAUCGGAGCCAGAAAGUGUCAAGUUCAUGGCAAGAGAAAUAACGAUGCUGAAGAUGCUAGAUCAUCCCAACAUCAUUAAGCUUAAAGGACUAGCCACGUCAAGGAUGCAGUAUAGUCUUUAUCUGGUUUUCGAUUUCAUGCAGUCAGACUUGACCGGGAUUAUCUCACGCCCUGGUGAGAGGCUCAAUGAAGCACAGGUCAAAAGUUAUAUGCAGCAGCUACUUUCUGGUCUCCAUCAUUGCCACAAUAAUGGAAUUUUACACCGAGAUAUUAAGCCCUCCAACUUGUUAAUAGACAGUAGUGGUGUGUUAAAAAUUGCUGAUUUUGGGCUUGCAAAUUUAUAUACUAAAAAACGGCGCCUUACAAGUCGAGUUGUGACACUCUGGUACAGGGCUCCAGAAUUACUGUUAGGCUCCACAGAAUAUGGAGAUGGUAUUGAUCUUUGGAGUGCAGGAUGCGUAUUGGCGGAGAUGUUUGUUGGACGGCCAAUUAUGCCUGGGAGAACAGAGGUUGAGCAGCUUCAUAGGAUCUUCAAACUUUGUGGUUCACCCUCAGAGAAUUAUUGGAAAGAAAUGAAGCUGCCAGCAAGCUUCCGACCACCACCUCACUAUAAACCUAGUUUUGAAGAAGCCUUCAGCAGUUUUCCGGCCUCUUCAUUUGGUCUUUUAACCACACUUCUUGCUCUAUAUCCAACCUCUCGUGGCAGUGCUGCUUCUGCUCUCCAAAGUGAAUUCUUUACUUCAAAUCCAUUGGCAUGCCAUCUUUCAGCUCUACCAAUACCCAGGAAAAUGAUGGAUGAAUCUAAAACCAGCGAAAGGAAGAAGCACAUGACUUCUAAAGCAAAACAAUCGUCUCUAACAAAACAUGGUGGUCACCAGGGAAACAAACCGAUUGAGCUACCCAGUGGAGCUGAAUCUCAUAAAGAGGAGAAGUAUGCAGAACCACAGAUGAACAGCCAAGAGAUGUGGUACAGUGCAGUCAGUGCUUCUUCUAGUAUCACAACAACAACUAGGAACGAGGGAAGCCUGCAUGCAUCCUUAUCCCCGGUUUUUUUUUCUAAUAAAAAAAUAUCCCCCAAAACUGUGGGUCAUCCUAAUGCUCUCAAGAACAUUAAGAACCCUACACUCCUACAGGCCUCUAUAAGAGAUAUCAUCAACCUGAAUGAAGGCAGAGUGUUGCCUCAUUAUCGCAGGUCUCUUUCCACCAUAGAUUUCCGAAGCUUCGAUCCAGAAAAGAUAUCACAAGUUUUUGGAUUCGACAAAGAUCAGGCCAUCAAGAAAAACUAACAUUUUUCAACCCCAAGAUGCUCUGUAAUUCCAAGUUGUUUCAUUUAUCUUUUUCCUUUCUCUUUGGCCAUGAUCUUUAACUUCUAUGAACAUCUUCAAAUACAUAUAACUCCACUACAAGUUACUUUUCUAUUGAAAAUGACCAUGGCAGGAAGCAUUCAUUUGAAUAUGUUUUCCAUUAGAAUAUACUCGUUCCAGAAGCAAUUGUAAUGCAUUCGUUAUCA